UCAGGAAAAAAUGUCUCAACCCGCAACAAGUAACCCUGGCGACCCCCAGCAGGGUUAUUUCCAGCAGAUUAUCCUUGAAGAAGCCGACCCUCAACCAGCCGAACCUCAACAUGCCGACCUCCAACCAGCCUACCCCCCACCAGCCUACACGCAACAAGCCUACCCUCAACCAGACUACCCCCAAAAAGCCGACCCUCAACCAGCCUCCCAUCAACAGCAGCAACAACAAGAGGCCCCCCCACCACAACAGCCCCAGCAGGAGAUGACGACCGAAGUUAGUCCAGACAGUGGUUGGCUUUUCUCCGACAAAUCCAUUCGGCGGGCAUUCAUUAGGAAGGUAUACAGCAUCCUGGCAGUGCAGUUGAUCCUGACGGGGGCGAUCAUUGGGCUCUUCUACAUUGACUCCUUCAGGCAAUGGAACACAGAUAAUCCAGGCUUGCUGAUCGCGUCUGCGGUUGCCACCAUCGUGCUGAUGAUCGCACUGAUCUGUGCCCCGGAUAUGCGCCGCAAGUCUCCAAUAAACUUAAUAGUUUUGAUGCUCUUCACGGCCUGCGAGGGCAUGCUGCUGGGCUCUGUCUGCGCUACGGUUGAUACUGACGCCGUACUCAAGGCCGUCUUAGUUACCGCCAUCAUCUUCUUUGGACUCACCGCCUUCGCCUUCCAGACGAAGAUCGACUUCACGAUGAUGGCUGGGGCGUUGUGCUCCCUUGUGAUGUGUCUCAUACUUUUCGGCUUCAUGUGCCUGAUUUUCCAAAGCAAUACCAUGGACAACUUGUAUGCUGCCUCGGGUGCGUUUCUCUUCUCCUGCUUCAUUGUCGUGGACACUCAGCUCCUGAUGGGAGGAAAGCGAAAAUUGGCCAUCAGUCCUGAGGAGUACAUCUUCGCGGCCCUGAAUCUUUACUUGGAUAUUAUCAACAUAUUCAUUUAUAUGCUGAUGCUGUUUAGGGACUAAAUACGAAGUAAAGCGCUUUGAACGGCAUUUCAGAGACAGGCCCACCAGUGUCGAAAAACACCGUGUCGCCUUUUUUUCAAUUUAACACUCGAAAUACGUCCCAAAUUUGAAAAAAGUGAAAUGAUCUAUUUUCACUGGAGGGCCGGCCACUAGAACACCGGUCACACCGUUUUUCACCGUUAUUUCGAACAGUGGGUUAGAUCUUUGGGAACGACUAGAGCCGGAAAACUUGGCAAUUUGUUUGAGCGAAAUACCACAUUUUUGGAAACUCGGUACAGUCUAAGUGGUUAAAAGUUAAAUGAAUACCUAAAUUUACAAAUUAAACCAUUUUUAGGAUUUCCGCAUCGACAAUGUAAGAAAAAAUUUGGUUUCCAGGGUAAUUAUAACUGUGGCGAUAAAUUUUUCCAUUUUUCACGAGCAUGGGGUAAGCAAAUGAACGAGUGAAUGUUAACAGCGUUCAAGCGCUAACUGAGAACAGCUGCAGCAGAGUUUGAGGGCUAACAUUUUUUAAUUUCGAGGGCUAAUUAAGAACUGCUUCAUCAGCUUUUGAAAUUUUUGUAGAGUUUGGACGAUUAAGAAGAUUUUCAUUACAUUUGUUCUCGUUUCAUGAGGUUGUUGGAUGGUAAUUUUAGGUACUGCCCAAACGAAAUUUACAGUCGCCUUAGCUUCUGAUUUUCCGAAUCAAAUGCUGAUACGGUUUUAAAUUUCGUUUGGAUAAUUUUGUAUUAAUUAAGGAUUUAUUAUUAAUAAUU